GUUAAAUUUCUAUGGUGGUGGAGACGUAACCAUGGAUUGAAAUUGAAGAUCGUCUCGCCAUGUAAGCAAUGGCAUUGUAAUUAUAAUCCACAACCAUGUCUGCCUCGACACUGACAUACCGCAGUUUUCUGCCCAUAAAUUCUUUGAAACGAGGGGGUUGUGUCUAUUGCCGUCAGAGAUUGAGAGAAAACAAUGCGGUGGGCGGGGCCCUGCUUUCUGUGGGCAUCAGCAUCGCUUUACUUGCUCCUUUGCCCGCAUUGCCACUGCCCUCCAAUCCAACGACGCCAUUUUCUGAGUCUCAAAGUUUGCAGCUUGGAUUAGAAAAUGGAAAACAUCACAUACUUGAUAAUUGUUUUCAAGUGUUUAACAGGCGAAUUCGAUCCUGUCCCUCGUCUAAUCCGAAUUGCAUUUCUACCACAUCAAGAUCUGCUUCCUUCGCAAUGCCGUGGGGAAUUCCCGAAGACUACCCUGAUAAUGCUGUCCAAAAAAUCGAGGACGCAAUUUUGAAAACCCAGAGAAAUCCAAAGAUUCAAAAGAAGGAAGCGACCCCAAGUGGUCAAUAUCUGCAGGCAGAGGUGGAUGGUGUAUUUGGCCGUGAUGUUUUGGAAUUUUUGGUGAAAAGUGAUUUAGUGACAUACAGAUCUAUGGCAAAGAAGGUUGUAUAUGUCUAUCCAUUUACAACUGCUUUUGGAAAUUCUAAAGGUCAGGAGGAAAGAAUGGAGAAGAUAGUUGAAGAAUUAGGUUGGUAUGUUCCCAGUUAUGAAUCCAUGUAUUAAGCCCAUUCCUUUUCAUUUUAAUCUUAGGCAGCCCUUGGGAUUAGAUCUUCUGGUAUGAUUCUAUAGAUAAGAUUUGAGAUCUUUUGUGUUUGCUAUCUUUCCCUGGCAACUUUCAUAUAUUGCAGUCCAUAUGUGCUCAAGUUCAUGUAUGUUAAAAUUGAAGAAAGUAUCUACAAACGAGAGGAUUCUACUGCAUGGAUUGCAUGAGAGAAUAUUUCUUAGCUUAUUUACUAGCAUGAUUGAAAAUGUUGUAAAUGGAAAGUGAGCCAACUCUAUUAAAGUAGAUUCAUUUAGGGAAAUGCGUGUGCACAGUUACCACGUUGGUUUCUUUGCAUUUGCUUAGAGUUGCCUGAUUUAUGGAGUGAUCAGUGAACGGUUUGAAAUUUUACAAACAGAACAUUGUUAACACAUCUGUUUAUUUAAAUUUGUAUUUAUGUAAUCUUUCAUUUUAAAUAUAAAUGGUCAAUGCCUUUUUAUUGUUCA